AUCUCGUCAAUGAUAUUCAACAUAUCAAGAGAUUAUAAAUGUAAAAGUAUUUUUGUUAAAAUAUGUUUCUGAGCGACAAGGCGUGACUAACUUCGGGUGCAUCCUCGGGUCAUGGCGAGUGCAACUCCCGCUGAGAACGUGGACCGUGAGUUGACCUGCACCAUCUGCCUGGGCACGUUUGACUGCCCCUCCACGCUGAGCUGCGGCCACUCGUUCUGCCUCCAGUGCCUGGAGGACGCUUGGAAGGAGACAGACUUGUACUGCUGCCCGCAGUGCCGCAAGACCUUCCCUCGACGACCCCAGCUGACCAGGAACGUGACGAUCGCCAACCUCAUAGAGCAGCUGCGAGUGACUGAGACCAUGGUUGCUGCUUCUGCUGCUGGUGUUGUUUUUUGUGAUAACUGCCCAGAAGGAAAUACGCCUGCAGUGAAGACCUGCCUCAGGUGCGACACGUCCUUCUGCACGGAGCAUCUUGUGCCUCACCUGAAGAAGAAAAAGUUUAAUGACCACGUCCUGGUUUCACCAGAUGUGAACCCUGAAGCACGCAAGUGCAAGAGGCACAAAGAGGAGCUCAAGUUCUACUGCAAGCAAGACGUCAGCCUCGUGUGCAGGGACUGCACCAUCGCAGGUGACCACACGGGUCAUACAUUCAUCCCACUGGAGGAUGAGCAUCGGACACGGAAGAGUGGAGUUGGAGAAGAGAAGCAAGCGGUGGAAGAGAAGAGGAAGAAGGCGGAGGCGUUCAUGGGACGGAUGGAGGCAGCUCGCAAGGACGUGCAGGGAUCUUUGACUGGGGUGAAGGAGCGAAUCAAAGCCCAGUUCUCCCGCCUGAGAACAGCACUGGAUGAGGACGAGACAACGGCUUUACAUCGCGCGGAACUGAAGGAGAAGGAGCUGCUGUCCCAGAUCGACGAGAACAUCGCUCAUUACAAGCACGAGAUCAGCGAGCUGCAGGCAGCAGCCGCGCGCCUGCACUCUCUGCAGAAGGAGGGGGACUCGCUCACGUUCCUGCAGGGACACCUGGAGGAGGCGCGCAGGGGAAAAGUUCCCAAGAAGUCUCUGCCCCCAGCUCUGACUCCACUGGACACCCCCACGAUCCGCUCCCUUGAGAGAAUCAUGGGCAGACUGCUCCCUCUCGUCUACGGACGCUCACCGACUCUGGAACCAAACUCGGCCCACAACAACCUCCAGAUUUCCUCGCUUCACAGGACGGUGACACUGACCGCUGUCUCCCAGGGUCGCCCCGAUCACCCACACCGCUUUGAUUACUGGUUCCAAGCCCUGUGCUCCGAGAGCUUCUCGUCGGGUCAGCACUACUGGGAGGUGGACGUGGGGGGUGCGUCAAGGAGCUGUGAAGUUGGAGUCACAUACGGGACGAUCGCACGGAAAGGGAGAAGUAAAGAAUGCUGGCUGGGAAGGAACCACUCAUCCUGGGUUUUAUAUAAAGAUAACAACAGCUGCUACGUGCGUCAUUGUGGUGUCUGGACCUCAGUGCCGGUGAGGGAUCCUCCCCAGAGAGUCGGGUGUCAUCUGCACUGGGAGGCGGGGCUGCUGUCGUUUUACCGCGCCGACUCCAUGGAGCUGUUGCACUCCGUCCACCACUCGUUUAGUCAACCGCUCUACCCCGCACUGCGUUUGUGGAAUGACGGUGACUCAGUGAGGAUUCUGGAUCUGAGUUGUGCGUCCUGA